UGUUCUUAGCUAGUGUGUUGUAUAGCUACAUUAUCUUUAUACCGCAACACCAAAAUGCAAACAUCGUUGCUGAUUUCCCAUUGAGAUGUCCCUCCCCCCUGCCGUAGUGACGUGUUGUUUUAUUUUUCACAUGGAAAAUGGCGGCUUACAGUUCAGCUCGCGCUGCAGAUGGGGUAGAGGCAGGACAACUUACCGAAGCUGAACCGGAGAAUGAUCCCUGGGCAGCACUCGGUCCAGUCGUGAAAAGGGACCCGGUAAUAAAGCUUUUGAGUCCUGUCAGUGGGCUGGAACCGCUCACGUGGUCAGAGGACCACCGACUCUCGACCUCUACUACAAGUGGCAUUUCUUUGAUGGAGGUCGUGUGCGAUGUUAACAGCAACAAUCAAGACAUGGUUCUGCAUCGGACCUCCAUCCCCGUACCAGACAAAGUCUGUGAAUUGCAGGUGGGUCCAGCAGAGGAACUGUUGACAGCCAAAGACAAGUUCUCCAGCUCCAGUGACCCGGCUGUGAGCCAGUCCUUCAUGCUGGACACAGUGUUCAACCCGACCGUGGGCGUGCACAAGGGCAUCAUGUACACCAGCUGGUCCCCAGUGGGCUGUGACGCCAACGGCCGCAGCCUGCUGGCCUCCCUCACCCUGGACCACCGGCUAACCGUCCACAGCAGCACCAAGCGUCUCCAGUGGACCACGGUGGCCGACCUGACCCAGCUGUACGGAGAGAGCCUGAAGACCAGGGGCUACUCGGCGCAGGAUGGGGAUCCCCCCGAGGCUAACCUCCUGGACCUGGCCGAGCUGCGGCGGCGCUACGGCAUGCAGACCCCGGUGCGGAUGGAGUGGUCCAGUGUCUGCACCACGCAGCACGUCCAGACCAACAACAAGUGCAAGGACAUGGGCACGGUGCUGCUAGCCGUGCUGAUGGAGAACGGGGACCUGGUGGUGUGGCAGUUCUGCCUGCCCAUGCUGGGGAAGGACUCGGUGCUGUCCUGCAACACCAUCCAGUCGGGGGUGUCGUCGCCCAGCGUGCUGGCCUGGUGGGAGUACGAGCACGGCGGGCGGAAGAUGAGCGGCCUGAUCGUGGGCAGCGCGGUGGGGCCCAUCAAGAUCCUGCCCGUCAACCUGAAGGCGGUGAAAGGCUACUUCACCCUGCGCCAGCCGGUGGUCCUCUGGCAGGAGUCGGACCAGAUCCCGGUGCACAACAUCAAGUGCGUCUCCCUGUUCCACCCCAAGCAGAACUGCAACUGCAGCCUGGUGGUGGCGGCCCGCGGGCCGUACCUCUUCUGGUGCCUUCUGCUCAUCUCCAAGGCGGGCCUGAACGUUCACAAUUCGCACGUCACGGGCCUGCACUCCACCCCCAUCAUCUCCAUGACCGCCAGCCGCCAGCGAGGGUCCGUCUACACCUGCUCCCUGGACGGGACGGUCAAGAAGCUGACGCCCGUCUUCACCGACAUGGCCGUGGCCUUUAAGCAGGAGGAGAUCGUUCUGCCUGACGGCCUGGCGGGUCGGAGGAUUCACGGCAUUGCGGUCAGCCCAUACGGGGCCUACCUGGCUCUGGUCAGUACCGAGGGGAUGACGAACGGCCAGCACCCGGUCUCCAGGCUCUACCAGGUCCAGUUUGUGACCCUGAAGACUCCGAACGACGCGGCUGCAGAGCUGCUGGAGUCCCAGGUCCAGAGCCUGUUCAAACAGAGCGACCUGCUGGACCUGGUGCGCUGGAGGGUGCUGAGGGACAAACGCAUCCCGGCCCUGCUGCAGGAGGAGCUGGACGACAAGGUCCACACCACAGGCUCCACCUACCUCUGGCGGUUAAAACUCUUCCUGGUGCGCGUGCUCUACCAGUCCCUCCAGAAGGCCCCCAACGAGGCCCGCUGGCGCCCCGUGCCCCAGGAACCCAAGGCGUUCGUGGGGGCAGAGGAGGGGGCCGGAGGAGAGGCGGAACGAGGGGGCGGGGAAGAGGAGGAGGCUGAGGAGGGGGCGUCCAAGCCACAGGACCCCGAGGCCAAAGCGUCGGAGGAGCAGAUGGGUGAGGUGAUAGCGUGGAUGGAGGCAGUGGAGGCGCACCUGACCAGGGAGCACAUGAAGAGGGUUCUGGGGGAGGUGUACCUUCACACCUGGAUCACUGAAAACACCAGCAUCCCAACGAGGGGCGUCUGUGACUUCCUGACCAGUGACCCUACGUAUGACGACCGGGCUGCCAAGGUCCUGAUUGGUCACAUCCAGAAGAAGAUGAACAAGCAGACGUUCCCAGAGUACUGUAGCCUGUGUAAGGAGGUGCUGCCCUUCACAGACCGCAAGCAGGCUGUUUGCUCCAACGGACACAUCUGGCUCAGGUGUGUGUUGUCCUACCAGGCCUGCCAGACACUCACCUACCGACGCUGCCUGCUGCAGGACAGCAUUGCCAGACUGCCAGUGCCUGAGGACCCAGACUGGAUCAAGAGGAUACUGCAAGGUCCAUGUACGUUCUGUGACGCCCCGCUCCUCUAGGACAAUGCGACCGACCUGGGAAGAAUCAGGCUUACGCUGUGUGCUGUUUUUCUUCAUUGCUCGGACUACAUUGGAUGGGACAAUAUUCACCACCAACACCGCUCUCCCUAGUUACUUAUUGCUGGGCAAAACGGACACAUUCAAAUAAAUUAUACCGCAUCACCUUUUAUUUAAAAAGGAAAAACAAUUGUUUGAAAAAUGACAUUAUAAACCCCACUGCGAAGGAUAUGGUUUAAAGUGUGUGAAGGUAUAAAUCUUAUUUGCCUCGUAUUAACGGCAUUUCCAGAUGUGUGUGUUUUGUUAUUCGGUUAGGAAAUAUAAGGGGGACACACGGUGGAUCAGCUCUUUUGGGGUCUAUUUCGGAUGUUACAGGGCAGCAAAUACACCCCCUCUCUGACUGAUAACACUAUAACUGUCCUUUAAAUAAGGGGCGAGAGAGCAGUGCGAGGGAGGAGCUUGAGGUGCGAGGGAGGAGGGCAAGGAAGGAGCGUGAGGGUGAGAGGAGUGCAGAGGCGAGAGAGGGAGCGCAGAGGCAGGAAGAGACUGUUAGUGUGGAAGACUGACGCCGUCUCUCGUGGGGGCUGACUAAUGAGAUUCCACAGUAAUGAGGGACAGUGCAGGGCAGCAGGGCCAUGUGAGGCUCAUUCUAAUCAAGCACGGGGUGCAGUAUAUUGUUAAAUACAAUUAACCCUGUUUUAGUUUGGGAUGGACGUGGUUCCGUAGGGAAGGAUCUGCCCUCAGUGGUGUGUUCUCCUCCCGCGGUCCUUCCCCCAAGCCCUGAGACACGGAGGUCAGUGGCUACUGAUCAAAGAUGGAGCUGGACCUCAGAGACUGGGCCUGUAGGAGCACCGCUCCCAGUCAUGUCCUCUGUCAUCUCUUUACCUCCCAAGCACAUAUCUAACCAUGCAUAGUACCAAGGCUGAGGGGUCCACUCUCCCUCUGGAGAGGACUUUGUCUAGCCCUGCGUGUGAAGCUUUAAGCAUUCAGCAGAGAUUUAAACUGGUCCGGUCUGGACACGUUCCUCAUCAGUCUAUAGAUCUAUUCCAAAAUUAGCAAAAUAAUUUGCCUGUUUUCCACAGUGACGUACUCUGUUGGAUCUAACCUCCGCUGUCGAAGAUAUGACAAUGUUAUGUUACCCCCCCCCCUCCCCCCACACUCCAUUUUUGGAUUCUACAAAUGAUUUUGAAACUAGCGUUUUGGAUAAUUAUUGCCAUUUAAUAUUCUCUCAUUAGCAAUUACAAUGGUUAUUUCUAUUCCACAAUGCGCAAAAAAUAGCAUUACACAGAGCGAAGCCAUUUGUCAUGUGACUGGAUCCCAGAGCAUUUUGUUUGUCAAGUAGAAGUGGGCCUUCAGGUGAGAAUGUUCUUGUCAUUGAUAGGUGGAGACCAGCCCUGUUAAAGAGGUUAGCUGUGUUUGGUUGAACCUCCUCCUACUUAAUGGAAUAAUCUGUUAAAGAGCAUUUCCACCAGUAAUGACUAUCUGCCCCUCCCUCUCUUCCUGUGUCUUAGCUCUCACAAGACUUCAAAGGUUCUUCUCUAUGCAUACAAUAUUUAUAGCCUUUAUGUGAAUCGCUGGAUGGCAUACAACAUUCAUAGCACCUUUUCACAUUUGUGUUCAGUCUGCUUCUCCUUUUGUUUAUCUAGUUUAAAUAUGAUAUACUGUGUAUCCUCGUCUCUUAUGUGUACAGCUGUAUUUUCUAUUACCCAAAUAUCUCUGUCUGCACCCAUUUACAGGCGAGCUGCUUCUUUGACUGAAUGUCUUAUGGGAUCACAUCCAUGUUGUUUUGGUUUACAUUUCUUCAUUUUGAUUUUUCAUCUUUUUAUCUGACUUUCUUUUUUUAUUAUUUCCCAACUGUUUAAUCAGCUUAUUUGACUUUCACCCAAUAGGAUGAAAUGAUAAAUGUUGAAUAAAGGAUUUACGUUGCAAGGUCUUACCAGGACGACCCGGUUUUCUGUCCUUUAAUCUAUUUGACAGUUACCUGUUACCUAAUGGAGUGGAGGGUCAAUCCAGUGACACUGACUCCCAUAGUACCCAAAGACGACAGUGCUUACUCUUUUAUCUUGCUUUGUGGAACCUGUUUCUCCUUGUCAAGGACUGUUUCAACACUUCCAUGUUUACUGUAUCUUAUUUCAUUGGGUUAUCCGGACUUUUCCAUGACCCUUAUUAUCUUUAACCAAAAGUACAUCCAAUUUAUAGUUUUUUUUAUGUUGUGUAAAUAAAGAUAUUUUUAAGUCUU